AUGAGUGAAGUGCUGAAUGUAGGUAACGAUGCGUUUGAUGAUGAUGAUGAUGAUGAUGUCAAUGAUUGCGGGAGUUCCGUUGCCAGACAGGGCACCGGGAGUGACCGUACUAGAAGUACUGCCCCACGUUAUUCAAUACCAGAUCCGACACGGUUGACAGGCGCUCCAACAUUCCAGCGGUCACGAUGGGAAACAUCAGUCGAGGCGCAGCGCCUUGCUGACGUGGAGGAAGCGUCUAACCUUUCUUUGAACGCCGAAAGAAUGGGAUCUCAAAGUGUGUUGAGACAUGGGGGGGAAGAUGGUAAUGAAGAUCGAGGGAUCAUUGUGGAAAAUAUUCCGAUUCUCUCAGACAGUCAGCCGGAGAUCUUUCCAGCGGAUAGCUCGCCAUUGUGUGACGGCGUGAGUGGCGUAUCAAUUUCCUCAUCGCCUUGGAAGCCGUCACUUCAGGCCGCCAAUAGUGGACCGCCGGCGGGGCGGCGCUCCGGCACACCGAUCGCCAGUAUGUCACCCCUUGUACAGCAGAAUGCAGUCGAAGGGCCGACGAAGAAAACGCGGCGUUACUGUCCGCCGUCGUUUUCUUGCACCGGUGCGCCUGAAAGCGCUGGGGGAGCAUCAGGGGGGUACAAAGCUUUGCUUCCUGCCCGAGUGAACAGAGGCGCUUCGUCUUCAUUGUCAGGCCAUCAAGCCGACGGCUUCGCGCCAAGCCCCGCGGCUGUUGCUGUACAUAGCCCACACGACGACGAUGAUGAUGACGACGACGGCACGCCGCUGGUGUCAUUGCACAACUUUUCACCACCGCCACCGGCCACUGUGCCUGUUUUCAAGACACCGUCUACGCAACAAAGUCGCCUCCCUCUGCUUACUGUAGAGGAAUAUCCCUUCCCCAUUCCUUCGUCUUCUUCACAGGAUGGUGAAGAUGGCGAGUGUGAGGCAAAAGAAUAUCCCGAGAUUAAUGUGACUACACCCAAUUAUGGUAGCGGUGACAUCAUCCGCUCUUCUUUUGAAGAGGGCGGGAAGGAGUUGUUGCCCCAGACAUCACCACAGGAACUGGGAGCUGACAAUUCCCCCAAAGAACAAGAGCAAGAACAGCAGGGCGGAACAAAUCUGAUCAAAGAGACAAAUGAGACGCCGCUCUCUGUGUCUCCAUCUCCAUCCUACAAGGAAUACGAGUGGGCUACCAAGGCUCAGGAAGCGUUGGAACAACAGCAGAAACGUUGCCAUGCUCGCACACCAUCUACUAACCCUCCUUCUCCACCACCUCCGCUGCAGGUCGGUGGGUUUGGACUUCCCCAGUUGCCCAGAGGCCGCCGCGCUGCCCACCUCGCUACGCUGGAUGAAGAGGAAGGCAAACUCAGUUCAGAAAUCCCCCAUUCAGUCAAGAAGAAAAGCCACAGUCCACGUGCCUUGCCGGAAAGUGCUGCUCAGACCACAAAGAUUUCAACUACACAACCUUCUAAAAAGAGUACUGCUUCUACUGGUCCGGCCACUCGGCGAGCAGCACCGAAAGAGGACCAAACGCCUGUUGUUUCAGAAGGCGCUUCCACAACAAUGCGGUCGCGGCGUGCGGCAGUGUCGCCACCGCCCACGGCGGAAUUUCCCCUUCCCCAGGCAAUGACGACGAGUGGAAGUGGGGCAAAACAGAGUGCAAAGAAAAAGAAAAGAAGUCGGAAGUGA